AUGGCGCCGUCUAGUAGACGUUCUGAUAUUUGCAGGAAUCCGUUAGUGACAGCACAGGGUCACGUGACAUCCAUAUCCUCGUCUAGUGAUUACGGAUCCGUCGACCCUAAGAACGUGUACGACGCCUCUAGAUCCGUACUGAACACUACAGAACAGACUCUGGGUAAUAAUACUGUCCUAAACGGGGCGUGGGUGGCCGCAACCAACGACAGGAACCAGUUUAUACAGGUAAACUUCAGCGUGCCACACUUGAUGAGGGGCGUGACAACACAAGGGAGGAACGGCUGCUGUAAGGACUGGGUCACUAAGUACGCUGUCCACUACAGCUAUGACUGUCAACACUGGGUGUCUGUAGGCGGCGCUAACGAAACGCUAUUUAAUGGAAACACGGACCUGGACACACCCGUCACCAAUGACCUCGGAUGUCCUAUCUGGGCCAGGUGUGUGCGCAUCUAUCCCAGACAGUGGCACAAAAAUGUUGCCAUGCGCAUUGACCUUCUCGGCUGUCCAAUCAAACAACUUCCAGCCCCGACGACUUCAGCUCCCUCCACAACUACUUAUCCAACUACAGUGGUCUCUUCCGGUGUUUCUAUGACGUCAACCACCGCCAACACUGCCACCUAUCUGACCUUAUCAACUCACAUGACCCCUCCGCCUAGGACACCAGCGGCGUUCUACAACACCAAGGAUCCCAUAGAUUGCAAGUUCUCGCUCAGCACGUUCAACUGUUCCAUUCCCAUAGUGCACCAGCAUUGUCCCUCUGUCAUGUGGUAA